GCCAGGCUGACCAAUUCCAAUAUGGUGGCCAGCUUGGCAAGUCUACGGUUCUUGUUAAUGAUAUUGUUUUUCUGCGGGAUCAGGUACGGCGCCUGCAGCCAGCAAGCCCCGCUGCUUCUGGGGCUGCGACUGGAAGACCCGGCGGGGCGGGUGUGCAUGAAGGAGCGGAUCAUCUCAGCGCCGCAGGGAGCCACUUUCAAGCUCCGUCUCUUUGGCUCGUAUCUGAAUGGAAGCUGGCCGUGGGUGGCGUUCGCCGGGGCACCUCCUGGGGAGGCAGGGGGAGUGGGGGACGCAGCUGACCCAUGUGGGCAGGAGCCCCGCCGCCAAGCGUCCGCUUUCCAGGUAACGGGGGAGUUUGUCGCGGACGAGGCGAACAGCGGGCUGAUAACGGUGGAGGCUCGGUCACAGAGCAUCUCCUCAGCCCCGGGAGUAGGAGGAGAGCCGACCUACCACCACCUGUGCGUGCUGAGUGAAGGGAAGUGGGCAUCUGUGGUACCGGACAAACUGCGGAUAAACAGCGCUCUGCCCCCGGACUACAUCCCGCCAUGGGGUCUUGCCGUGCUGGUGGUGGUGCUGGUCGUGGUCUGCGGGGUGUUGAAGACCGUGAACCUGAGCCUGCUGUGGCUGGACCCGCUGGAGCUUUAUGUCCUGCACAGCUGUGGCUCCGAGGAGGAGAAGCGGGCCGCCAAGCGCCUGGAACCCAUCAGGAGGAGAGGAAACUUCUUGGUGUGCUCCCUGCUGUUCCUCAGUGCUGUGGGACACUCGGUCCUGGGUGUGUUGUUGUAUCGGGCGCUGGGCUCCAUCGCCGCUGCAGUCUUCACCAGUGGCUUCCUCAUCUUCCUCUUGGCUGAGUUGGUGCCUCACAUAGUUUGCUCCGGCUAUGGCUUCCAGGUGGCGCCGGGUCUGACCUGGCUGGCCCAGGUGUGUAUGGUGUUGACCUGCCCCCUGUCCUGUCCUCUGGGGCUCAUCCUGGACCUGGCGCUGAGACGGGACAUCAGCACCUGUGGAGUGAGGGAGAGAACCAUGGAGAUGAUCCGCACCAGUGUCAAUGACCCCUACAGUGAAUUUGUGAAGGAGGAGUUCAGCCGCGGGGCUCUGCGCAGCAAGACAGUGGAGGACAUCCUGACUCCUCUGAAGGACUGCUUCAUGCUGCCCAGCACAGCCAUCCUGGACUUCUCCACCAUGUCUGAAAUCAUGCAGAGCGGCUACACACGCGUGCCCAUUUAUGAGGAGGAGAGGUCGAACAUUGUGGAAAUCCUUUAUGUGAAAGACUUGGCUCUGGUGGACCCAGACGACUGCACGCCCAUGACAACCAUCACCAAGUUCUACAACCACCCGCUGCAUUUUGUCUUCAACGACACCAAGCUGGACGCCAUGCUGGAGGAGUUCAAGAAAGGCAACUCUCACCUGGCCAUCGUCCAGAAGGUGAACAACGAGGGGGAGGGUGAUCCCUUCUACGAGGUGCUGGGAUUGGUCACUUUAGAAGACGUUAUUGAGGAGAUCAUCAAAUCAGAGAUCCUGGAUGAAUCUGAUGGCUACUUGGACAUGAAAGUAAAGCGGCCGCUACCUCCGCUGGACAUACCAAUGGAGCCUCGUAGUGUCCAUGAGGAGUUUUCCCUUUUCAAACUUCCUGAAGGAGAACCCAAGAUCCGCACCUCACCACAACUUCUGCUGGCACACCCGUUCCUUUCCAGAGAAGUGGAGCACUUCAGCCCUGGACGUGUGUCUGAGAAGGUCCUGUUCCACCUGCUCCGUCACCCCAGUGUCAACCAGGAAGUGCACUUUGACCCCAACAACCGACUGAGUCCAGACCACUAUCUCUACACACGCAACCACCCGGUGGACUACUUUAUCCUGCUGCUGCAGGGCCGCGUGGAGGUGGAGAUCGGUAAAGAGGGGCUGAAGUUGAGAAUGGGCAUUACAUACUACGGCGUGUCUGCUCUCACAGCACCAUCUUCAGUGCACCAGUCUCCGGUGUCGACCCAGCGUCACUCUCCCAGGGAUCCAUUUGAGUUAGGAGACGCUACAAGCCCGUCCAGCUAUUGUCCUGACUACACCGUCCGAGCUCUCACUGACCUGCAGCUCAUACGGGUGACACGUCUACAGUAUCUGAAUGCUCUCAUGGCUUCGCGUGUGGCUCAGAGUCCAGAUCCCCCCGAGAUUAAGAUUCUGCCCAACAGCCAGACGAAACUCCUCAACGACAGAAACACCACACAAGGUGGCAGUAAAGCCCAGGAGAGCUCCACGGAAGAGGAGGCUCAUGGGUAGUACAGUUCUCUGCCCUCUACCAAAAACCUAUUCCAACCAAGUGGCGCUUUUUAUUUUAUUUUAUUUUUAUUUUAUUAUUAUUUUUUUUUAAUUAUCAGUGAAUCAUCUAUGGCUGGAACGUACUUAUUGGACUAUGGCGUGAGGAGUACUUGUGUAUGUCUACAUAUCCAUGGCAUUUGCAUCUCAGCCAUUCUCAUCUCCUCCCUUAUUCCUUUUAUGUGCUUUUCACUGCAGUUAUUUUAUGUUAUUUUAUACACUUUAGGCGGCGUGUGUACAUACAUUUUGUUUUAAUUUGGUGGUGCCUUUCUUCCAAGUUUAGCCUUCCUUACUAAAUGUUGCAUUGUCCAUUCCUUACUUUUGCCUGACUGAGUGCCAAAGCUAUGUGUGUGUGUGUAUGAUUGUUUUUGUUAUGUCUGUGUCUGCAUCGCUAUAUCCGUUUAUGUCUUUAUGUUUCAAAGAAUCCGUCCAUUAGACACUGAACACAUCAUUUGGGUAAAAUUUGAUUUGCACCUGAAGUUGUGCCCUGUUGACAACAUGAAUCUGUUCUACUAUCUGUUAGGUACGUCCAAUUUUAUUUACACCCUCGUGCAGCAGUACUGGUGUACAUAGAGGUGUGUCUAGCCAAAUAAUAUUCCAGUGCUCUGUCUUUUGAUGCCUGAUUGGAAGUUUAUAUGUUUGUUCCAGGUAAGCUGAAUUGGAGACUGGUGUGUCAUGGAUUUAUCUUUCUGUUUUAUCCAAACCUGGUAAAGGAUACUACAACUUAUACAGAUUUGCAAAUUAUGUCUAACAAUUACAGUAGUAAUCAAGGUCAUUGGUUAGCUCACGUGGCCGUUUGAAUAUCACUAUAUCCCUUUUCACACUUGGCCCUGUAGCCCAGAUCUCAGGUCAGCCUCGGUUCACACUUGUACUUAAGAACCCAGACUUUACAUUCAGCCCAGGGUUAAGGCUUCCCAUUUAAGGUGGAAUUUUGGGGUUAAAGUCCUCAGAACACUGUAGCACAGUUUUGAUUGGGCAACAAACAUGUUAUUGCAUUUCACCAGUAUUAUAUUGCCUUUAUUCUAACCUUUAUUCUAACCCUGAUUCACAAAGCAGACUUUAACCCUGACUUUUGGGUUUUUGGGACAACCCUGUUCUAGAGUGGGCUGUAGUUAGUCCCAGGUUAAGAGUGGGGAUAUCCCAAGUUCUAAGUUACAAGUGUGAAAUGACUGAAAGCUCAGGGCUAAUCAUAGUGUGAAAAGGGCUCAUGACUCACAGGGAGAAGUAGUCAUCGUCCCAGGAAACCACCUGAUUCCACCUGAUGCUCAUAUUGAUGCUUAUCAGCAGUGGCUGCAUCAGGAUUUAGUCUGGUAUGUGAGGAGAGCAUCAGUCCCCCGCACCUUGUCCCUCCCCGUGGCACCCAUCUAGAGCCAUCUAAUGUGUACAGUAAGCAACAGGCCAUAGGAGUUAUAUAGGGUCCCAAACAGGGCACUGUGGAUCUCACCUAAUUGCCUAUAUCAACCUGGUCAUGUGUGAUCUUGGACCCCUGGGAUUAAAAGUACAGUUGUUUCAAUAGAACAGACCUUUUUUGCAGCAACCAUGUUCACAUGGAAAACGCAGCAUAAGCACAGGUGUUGCUAAUGACAUUUAUUAAAGGACCGUAACGGUUGCAUGUUUAGCCUCAAGAUUCAAUUCAAUUCAAGAUUUUUAUUUGUAACAUGCAUGAUGUACGAGUACAGCAGCAGUGAAAUGCAAUUGCAACAACUCCAGCACUGUGCAAGUAAAAAAUAGGUAAGAAUGAAAUAGAUAAAAAAUAAAAUAGAAAGUAUAUAUUACACGCCUAUAUACAAUAUACAACCUCUGUACAAUAUACAACAAUAUACAAUAAGUCCAAAUAAGUCCAAAUAUCUACUCAUAUUUACAAAAUGUACUUCAUAUUUCUGCGAAUCUUUUCCCAAAGCAAGCAAUCAUGUUGAACUCCCAUAUCAUUUUUCCCUGCCUUGUAUCUGGCUAUUGGUUUCCAUUCAUUCCACUGAGAACCAAAAAUUCAGAUUUGAAAAAUGGAGGGAUUUUGAUUAUAGGUUGUGAAAUACUUAGUUCCCCUGCAUGAUUUGCAAAAUGGUUUUUUUGACAUGUAAAUUAUGGGUAUCGUGUAGUAAAGGGUCCGGACAUUCAAAAUCACCAACCAAAUUAAGGUUGCAUUCCAUUUAAGGUUAACAGAGCCUUUUCCGGUGAACCAGAGUGCACAACUGCAGGGACUGCGGCUCUGCUAGACCUGAAUGUAACGGAGCUAGCAGUGACACCGGUGUUUACCCUGCUAUUUCAUGUCAAAUGGCUGCUGUGACAAAGGUCUACUGGUGCAUGUGCAUCGUAUGAGUGAGGGAGCUGUUGCCUUGGGUUGACGGCGGGGGACAGAUUCAAGUUUCAGCCUCCAGCUCGCAGCUCCUCACAGGGAGCUCCGACCACAGCCAUACAACACUUGUGCAUUCCAUUGGUUCGGCCACGGAGAUUAAUUGUUUGAGUUUGCUUCACUUAUCGCAUAAAGCACCUGGUGUGUCAUCUCAUCGUCAUUUUCCCAGAUGGUUAUGUUAACAUUCCAGCAUGUCUGUACUCGUGUGCAUCUCUUGUCUGUCUCUUUGUGUCUGUCUUUGACUUGUGACAUGUCAACAAAAAAGCAUCCUGUCUUCACCAAACUUCAUGACAUCAGGUUAAGUUUCUGCUCAGUCUUUAGCUGUCGCAUGUAUGGAAACAGAUUGAUGUCUUCAUCUGGAAACACCCCUAAACAAAAUGAAACAAAACCCUGGACUACCUAUGUUCUUGAAGUACCUAGAAGCCAGCUGGAGAAAAAAAAGGCUAUGGCUGCUUUUUUUUUUUUUUUUUCCAUCUGACUUUACAGAGCCGUUUGGCAGAGUAAAGAAAAUCAGUGUUGAAGUAGCAGAAGGGUUGGUUAAGACUACGUUCUGCACCAGCCAAUACUGUGCAACUUGUUACGGUGUUACAUUAGCACUAUUGACUGCUUCCUUGCAUUUUGAUCCUGUGAGAGAUGUGUGUUUGGUCAUCCAUUGCUGUCCACAUGCAAACAUAAUGCCAUAUAUAGGAGAAAUUAUUGACUGUGUGAUUUGGAGUAAAUAUUUUUCAGCUGUUUACCUAUAUUUUGUUUGUUUUUGUUGUAAUAAGUUCAUUUAUAUGAUAUCAGAAGACUGAAUGUACAAAAUGUAAUCAUUACUUGUGCUACUUAUACUGAUUGGGAGCAAUGCGAGGGUGGGGGGGUUGAUGAUGUGGAGAACUGUAUAUUAAUAUAUGAAUACUUAGAGAAAAUAUAAUUCAAGGAUGUAGUUUAUAGGUCAUCAGUCUCAGUUUUCAGGUACAAAAACACUGUUACCAUAAGAGUUGAUUAAGUCUAAACCUUUUAAUCGGUUCCUCUUUCUGUCUAGGUUACAUUUGUAUAAAAUUUCUCUUUUUUUUUUUUUUGGAAUGCUGCCAGUUUUGGGUGCAUUGAGACCCCAUUGCAUAUAACACUUUAAGAUAAUUAAGUUUUCUUAGGAAAUAAACUCAACCCUGUUCUAAA